AUGUUAAGACUGCCAUUUGUAGUGAAACCCUGUGGGAACCAGUGUUCAGGCGAGAAUAAAAAUAUAUACAAGGAAAGACUUAAAGAAGAUGCACAACUGAAAAUGAAAGCCAGAUUGAAUCAAUUUGUAUGUGAGGUGUGUGGCAAGAAUUUCUCUCAAAAGUCUCACUUAAAUGUUCAUGUCCGAGUCCACACAAAGGAGAAGCUCCAUACAAGGGAGAAGCCAUACAGCUGUGAGAUCUGCAACAAACCCUUCUCUGAGAAAAGCCAUCUAGUAAGGCACAAUAAAGUACAUACAAAGGAGAAGCCCCACAGCGUGAGAUCUGCAACAAGGCAUUUUCACAGAAAAAUAGUUAGUCAGGCAUGGAGAGGUGCAUACGAGGGAGAAGCAUACGUCUGUGAGAUUUGCGACAAGGCCUUUUCACGGAGGGCAGUAUCUGGUGAGGCACAUGAGAAUUUGCUACUUGGAAUAGCACUUGAGUUCUUCCUUCGGAGAUACCAGACAGUGGUGAGCUUUGCAAUAUACUUGGCUGAGGACUGGGCAGUCUUGCGUCACUGCUGUGUUAUCAUGUUUGCUGGAGGAUGA